UGAUUCAUCUGAAGAAACUUUUUCUUCACUUAGAACUUUAGAAGAAAUUCGUAAUGAAGCUGAUAAAUCAUCUAGUUUAAAAAAAGAUUUACAAAAUUCAAUAUCAAAUAUUCAAACACUUUUAAAUAUUCGAACUGAAUAUUUAAAACUUCAUGAUAAUACUUUUAUAACUAAAAAUCUUGCUACAGAUUUUGAUAUUGAUGAAUUGUUUAAA